CAUAAAGUUUAGAUUAAUAGACAAUAAAAAUAUUAUUAGAAACAUUUCUGUGUGUGUGACUUUCAGAAUAUCUACAAGUCCAUCCAUCAUCCUGAUUGGUUAUUUUCUCUGACCCAACCUCGAAAUUUACUGACCUUGGUCUUCCGACUACUGGGUUUUCAUGAAAACUGAGUAAAUGUACCUUUUUUGAAAGAAAAGUGCAUAAUGUGCAUCCGCUGAACAUGCACAACUACAAUUAAGACCUUAUUUCAUUUCUGAGAGUCACAUACCGAUAACUUGAUAUCAACCAAGAAUGCAUACCACCAAGAUCGAGCCAAAAUCAUUUGUGGAUUUUUUGGAGAAUGCUUGGGAAUCCAAAUCCAGGUCCAAGGAAUAUAGAUUCCGAAAUUCAAAGUCCAUAUCUAGUCCUUCGCCAUCUUCCAAGAAUGCUCCAGAGUUGAAUACCACCUGCUCUCCUGUUCUGUACAAAUGCAAAAUAUGCAAGAGAGCAUAUCUGAAAUUAUUUAAUUUAGAAAAGCAUGAGAAAUCCCAUGAUGAUAAAAAUGGGAAGAAAUUGGACUCCAAAAAAUCAAAGAAAUCAAGACAUGCAUCAAAAGCUAAAGAGAAAUUAGAGAAAGAUGCAAAAUCUAAACGAAAUUCACACUCCAAAAAACACUCUCAGAAAGCAGCUGACGAAGUGAGGGAAUCUUCCGUGCUUGGUGAGCCAACUCUGGCUACAAGUUUCCAGGACUUGCUUGAUUCAUCACCAAAUACUUCAUCCUAUUCCACUGCCAAUUUCCAUAACAUAGACGAUCUCAUAUCACAGCCUCAGGGCAUGCCAAGUUCUGGCGGCAAUUUUCAAACUGGACUGCAGCAGCAGGAAAUGACAUCAAAUCUUGUUAGAUCUGAGCUAGAAAAUACAACUUUAUUAAAUGCCACCUGUCCACAGAGUGGUGUAGAAAAGAACACCAAAAACACACUCUCUCUCCAGAUUCAGUCGGACCUGCCUUGGGGUGAAUCUGCCAAAAACCACAUCAACUGGGACACAAGGACCAAAUCUGUUGUGUUUUUUCAACCAAUAGAGGAUGCAUUUCACACUGUCAAUAAAUCCACCAUCCCUGCCCACACUGAGAGGGGUGUUUUUGAAACAACAUCAACAGAGGAAGAGGUGCAAUCUCAAGUGACCAGGAUCUUAGAUCUCCUGAAUAAGGAAAAACCAACUGAUGCUAAUUCAGAUGCACAGUCUGGUCAUCAUCCAGAAACUAAUCUUCAUGGUUUGACCCCCGUAGCUCUGAAAAAAGAGAGAGAUAAAUAUAAGCAAUCGCAAACAGUCACACAGAUGGCUGGUGUAAAUGAUGAAAGUGAUGACCAUGACGAUGACAUGCAUGAUGCAGACUUCAGUGAAGACAUCUCUGAUUUGGAUGAAGACGUCAGUUUGAAACCAGUAGAAAAUGUCUGGGAAAGCAUUAUAGAGAAGAAAGAACCAGGGGCCAUUGAUAAUGCUAUUGAAGAAGACUUACCGGCCGCUGACAGUGAUGAAACUGAAAAAAAGUCCAAGAGUCAAUCAGGUUCCGUGGACAAGGAUCAAGUUGACAUCAGGAAAAGGCUCAAAAUUAAGCUUGGAGGCAGUAACAGCAAGCAUGAACAUGACAUUGAAGAAAGCUACAAUCAUGAACACGAUGAUAGUAAACAGGAACAUCAUGACAGUGAUACUGAACAAGUUGACAGUGAACCUGAACAAGUUGACAGUGAGCAGGAACAAGUUGACAGUGAGUACAAACAAGAUGGCAGCAAGCAAAAACACAUUGACUGCAAAGAAGAACAAGACAUCAAUGGAGAGAAGAAUGAAAGCAAUCAAAAACAUGCUGAGAAUGAUGACAAUGGUCCAUUGGUAUGCUCAAAGUUGUAUUGGUGCUCUAUUUGCCAUGAAGAAUUUGAUGAUCGCAAAACUUACAGGGCGCACAGAAGAAAACAUGUUAAUCCAAAGCUACAAAAGAAUACAGAAAGAGUGAAACCUGAACAACCUGCCUGUGACUUGUGUGGCAAAGUAUUCAAGAGUAUAACAGGUUUAAGUUUACACAGAAAAAUUCAUACCAAAAACACCCAGUGUGAGAUAUGUAAAAAGACAUAUAGCCAUCCCUCCUCACUGAAAGUCCACCUAAAUCAUGUGCACGAUGUUACUAGAAGAGAACACAUCUGUGAAAUUUGUGGAAAAUAUUAUUUACGUGCCAAUAGCUUGCAGGUUCACAGGUCUGCCAUGCAUGAUGAUGCUACCUUUGAGUGUAAAGAAUGUGGGAAAGUUUUCCACCACCAGUCAAAUUUGCGGAAGCACCUGCGCACACAUUUUGGAGAAAAGUCGUUUGUGUGCGAAUGCUGCGGGAAGGCGUUCAAAUUAUCUGGUCCUUUACAUCGCCACAUGAGGAUUCACAAGAACGAGAAGCCGUUCGAAUGUGUGACCUGUGGAAAAUCCUUCCGAACAAGUUACAAUUUGACGGUUCAUAUGAGAACGCACACCAGGGAAAGACCAUACAAGUGUACCAUUUGUGGAGAGGGGUUCAAUCACAAUGUUUCUCUCAAAGCACACAUGCAGAAGUUGUUACUCUGUGAUUUAUUAUGCCAAAUCCAAGUUGAGGUACAUGAAAUGGAUGUAAUCCAGAAGAGCGGGGACAUAUCAUUAGAGAGGGCUAUCUGGACCUGUCAUCAUGACCACUGCUAUGUGUUGCCUCCGGUUUCUGAGGCAGAAGAACCUUUAGAACUGAAGGUGGAAGAGAUUGAAGAUGAUGGAAUUGAUUGGACAGAAAAUUGCCCUGAGGUUGAAGAGGAUGAAACUGGGAAAAGUGACAAAGAAUUGGAUGGAAGAACGAGUGAUGAUGAAGAAUUUUCAAAAGAUAUGUUGUAUAAAUAUUUUGAGAAUUCAGAGGACACAGUUUCCAGUGAAGAAAAUAAUAUGGAUGAGGACAACUUAGGUAUUGAAAAUGAGAGAAAUCCCCAGCAAAAAUGUGAAAGUAGUAGUUUUUGUAAGAGCACAGAGGAGAGGAAUAGUGCUCAAACCUCAAGUAAAGACUAUGAAAUUGAAGGAGCUAUCUUUUGGGAUAACUUGCAGCCAGUUGAAUGUGAAAUGUGUGAAGAGAUUUUUCAAGGUCAAGAUCAGUUGGAAAAGCAUUUGGUAACUCACAUAGGUUCUAUUAGUUUUCAGUGCUCUUUUUGCAAACGAAUCUUUCCAACAGUCAAAUAUUUGAAGAAUCACAAAAAACGGUGUAAGCAGCAAGACCGUUUGGGAGGAAUUCAGAGUACGGCUAAUGAAGAGAAGUUUGACAGUGGUGAUAGCCUACAAAAACGUGUAGAAAUUGGUCCAAUGAAUAACAUGAAAUGUGAUAAGUGUGAAAGAAAGUUUGAUAAUAAAAGUGACUAUGAAGACCAUAUCUCAAAACAAGAAUGUGUUGUACAAACUUUUGAGUCUCCAAAGGACAAUUUGAAAUCACAUAGCAACAUUCAUGAACAAAAGAAAAUACCCUGUCGGAUUUGCAGCAUAGAGUUUACUCCAGUGAAACUGAUCGACCAUCUCUUGGAACACAAUACACAGUUGGUGGACACCAUUUCUGUCCAAAACAAAAGAUUCAAGAAGGGUAAUGAUAUCAAUGGAGACUCUUUGAUGGAUACAACUACUUACAAUUGUGCUUUUUGCAAUAAUUCUGGUUUCAAGAAAUUGCAUUUGAAAGAGCAUCUUAAGAGUCAUGUGAAGAAAUUACGCACAAUGCAUGUUCUGUAUCCAAAUAAAGAAAAUAAUGUCAGUAUUCAGGAUGAAUUUGCUUGUACUAUAUGUUCUGGUCAAUUUGCUUCUGAAACAAACACAUUGAUUCAUAUGGAAGAACACUGCAGCAAGCAGGUUUCUUCAUAUCCCAAACAAGAAAAAGGAGAUCUAAAUUUAGAUUCGAUAGACGAGGAAAAAGUAACUUUAAGGUUGAAGUCAUAUGCCUCAUCAGCAUCAAAGCCCACCAUUCAUGGGUAUGUUGUUAUAAGGCCUUCCAAGCUCUUACAGAACAAUGGAAAUGAUGAGCAGAAUGAAGGAGAGCCUAUGUCAUUUAAGCCUCUGAUGAAGGCAAAGAGACAAUAUGUACUUUGUGCACCAAUGCCUGGUACAGCUGAUGCUGAAUAUCAAUGCAAGAGUGGUGGUAAAAAUCUACUUCAACAAUUAUAUGCCGUGAAAACCAGUGACAGCAAUGAUCGGGAUGGAGCCUCUGUGAAGUACACAGACUCGCUAGCUGAUAGUGUUUCUGAAAACACAGUGACUUAUAAAUGCAAUUUGUGUGAGGAGAUCUUCAAGUGGAAGAGCUACCUCUUUAGUCACAUCUUAAAGCAUGAAAACUAUGUGUGUUCAUGUGGCGAAGUUUUUGGUCUUCUGACCCCCUUACACAAACAUGUAUACCACCACAGGAUGAAACAGAGCUGCCAGUGCGAGAUCUGUGGCAAGACGUUCAGGAGGAUGAGCCAGCUGAAGCCACAUCUUAAAGACCACUACGACAAGGAGCGAAAAUACGAAUGCGAAACGUGUGGGAGAACGUUCGUCAGACCGAACGAACUCCGUAAACAUAGAAUGAGACACAAUGGAGAGAAACCCCACGUGUGUGACAAAUGCGGGACAGCUUUCUUGGACUCGCAUGCCUUGAAACGGCACAUAAACACUCACACUGACAACAAGCCAUUCCAGUGUAAAGUCUGCAAGAAAAAUUUCAGGGUCAGGGAUAAUUUGCAAGUUCAUAUGCGUAUCCAUACUGGAGAAAAGCCGUUUAAAUGUCCCAAGUGUCCACAGGCCUUUAAUCACAACGUUUCUUUGAAAAAUCAUCAGAAAAGAUUUCAUUCUGAGGAUGCAUGAAAUAGUGUUUUAUUGUGAUA